GUCGCGAGAACAAAGAGCCAUCCACGCGAGCUCAGCAGAUGAGAGCGGAGCCUGAUUGACUCAUCAGUGGUGAGUAAACCCACGGAGACUUUCUCACACAACUAGUGGACAUGUUGCUUUGAGCUCGAUACCAACUGAAGUAUGACUACUAAGAAUUCCACAAUGAGUGCCAUAUUUCCGAACUAUGAAGUUGUAGUCAAGGAGAUUUUUUUUUUAACAGGAAGCACCCUUUGUUAUAGUUGACAAAGACAGUGAAGGUAAACUUUUAUUCUCUGGCAUUUCUAUUGACUUUCUGAAGAAAGUAGCUGAAAAAGCACAAUUCAGCUACAACAUAAAAAUAACUAAUCAUGAAGAUUAUGGCUAUCAAAAAGAAUCUGACAACUGGAAUGGACUGUUAUCUGAAAUUUCUAAUAAGAAUGCAGAUCUUGCAGUCGGACCUAUUCCUGUACCACUUAGACAAGAUAUCAGUGAUAUAGAAUUUUCAAAACCUUAUAUGUCAAGUGGCAUUAAUUUGCUUAUUAAGUAUCCCCCUGACACUGUGAGAGGCAUUGGACUGAUGCUUGAGCCUUUUGCAACAGAGGUAUGGGUUAUGAUUUGUCUUGCUUUCAUAGUUGUCAGCCUUGCCUUGUUUCUCAUUGGGCGUUUCAGUCCUUAUGAAUGGGCAAAAGUAGUGAAGGAAAAAGAUGUCAGACUAGUUCGAACAAGUUUUGGUUUGAAGAAUAGUUUUCUUUUUACUGCUAGCACCCUGGGUUGGCAAGGAUACAAAGAAGCUCCACGUUCACUCUCUGGAAGAAUACUGAUGUGUAUCUGGUUCAUGUUUACAGUAUUUGUCAUUGUGGCUUACACUGCCUGUCUUAGUGCUAUACUGACUAGCAGAAGUGAAUCGGUUCCACAGCAGUUACCUUUUGCUGACUAUGAAGACAUUGUAGACAACAAGGACGUCAAAAUUGGGGCCAUGAAAUACCAUCAUGUUUACCAAGUCCUAAAACAUGGAAAAGUUUCUCACAAUAAUAUUUUCUCUAAACUCUUUAUGUACAUUGAUGAUUCCCAAGAGUGGAUUAAACACAACAAAGAAGGUGUUCAGCGUGUGAAAGAUUCUGGAGGUAAAUAUGUUUUAUUGAUGGAGACAGUGAAAGCUGAUUAUGUUGCUGCUACUAAUUGUGAUGUAAUACCUUAUGGAGAAACACUUUCUACCUUUGGGUACUCUUUUGCUGGUCAAAAAAAAUCACCUUUAAUGGAAAGAGUGACAUUAGCCAUCCUUGACCUAAAUGAAGACAUGUACAUCCAGGAGCUGAUUGCUAAAUACAUUCAUAAAAAACAAGUUUGCCCAGCUUAUGAUAAAACCAAACUUGUCCCACAGAAGCGAAGUGGAAGCCCUACACACAACCAUGUCACAUCUAGUAUGGAUAUGAGAGACAUGGCUAUACCUUUCCUAUUUUUAUUUCUGGGUGUGCUUUGUGCUGGUGGUGCACUAGGAGCAGAGCACUAUUACAAACACAGACUAGCUAAUAAAAAUGCAGACAAUAAAGGUAAAAAACUAUUGAACACAGACUCAUCCAUUUGUAAAGCUCCAAAAGUAAGCCCACCCCCACCGCCAAUUUACAAGGCUAAAGUCAACAAUAAACUACAAGAAAGCAAUCAAGAGAAAUCUUUGAACUAUGGCGAGACUGUUAAACUAGGGAGUGAUCAAGAGUGUGAAGAAGAGAAUGAUGGGAACCAGUUUGAAAUAAUAGCCCUUGAAGAUAAAAUAGAAUCAGACAAACCUGAUGAGAUUCAAGUUCAGAUUGAGGAAGUGCCAAGCCAAAAAGAAAUAAAAGUAGAAACAUUAAAUGAAAUGGCAUAGAGAGGUUUAACCAAUAUUUGUUCUUAGAAAUAUAAAGCCAAUGAUGUGUUCUUUUUUUUUUGUGUCCUUAAUGUUUAAGUCUCAAAUAAAAGGACAAUGUAUUACUGUAUUUCAUUCAUGUCUAGUUUCAUAUCAAUACAUCAGUUUGUGAUUUUUUAAAGUUUUGAUGAAUGUUAUUAAUGCCACAGAAUCUCAAUUCUAAACUAUUGGCCAUUUAUUAUUAACAAACUUUUUUGUAUCAAAAUUAUUUACACAAGGCAAUAUCUUAUUUUAGUUUAACUGUCUCAUUUUGUUAUGUAUAUAUUUAUAUAUAUUAAUGUAAUUUCUUUUUAAACUUUAUUCAUAUUCCAAAGGUGAACACAGCUUUAAUUUGUACAAUAGUUUUUUUUCUUUUCACUUUUUUCUAUCUCAUUGUUGUCUCCAUUUAACAUUUUGUUUCUGUCAAUCAAACAUUCUGAUUACGUUCUUAUUCUAAAUUUUGUUUUGAAUGGGUAAUAAGCAUAUGUCAAUAGUCCCUUCAAAAAAUUAUUUUUGAUUAUUUGAUGUUAAUAUUUUAUAACUAGUGAAAUUUUAAAUGAUAUUUGAAAUGUGAAUAUUUUGACCAGUACAUUUUGUUGUUCUUGAACAUUUUGAUGUGAAAUAAUGAGAAGAAAACUUCUUAUUACAGUGACUCCACAAUGUGUCAAAUUGUACAAAACUGUUAUGUGUGUCUUGUCAACUAUGUACAGUUUAUAUUGUGACAGUGUUUAUAUUCAUUGCUAUUGUAUUGUCUCUCUAUGAGUAACUGUAUCUGUGUUUGCAUUCAUUCAACUGAGAAAUUUUGUUGUACAGUUUGAAAUACUCAACAACAUAUAAUUCUAACCAUUUACCAUGUACAAUCCAGAUCAAAUUAUGGAAUCAAUUUUUUUUGCACUUAAUUGAAAUUGUAAAUUUUCUAUAUAAUGAUUGCUAUUUUCUAAAAAGAGUUCUUGUCAAAAAUUGUUUUACAUUUUUUGUCAAUAAUACUCCACAAUUUAUUUUUAUUAAAAGAUUUGUAUAGAAUAAUAUAGCUCUUUUAAUAACCAGAAGAGUUAAGAUCUAAGAAUUGCUUAACACUGCUCAAUUUUAAAAAAAUUACAUUUACAAUCUUUCAGAAGUUUAUUAUAAAAUCAUGACCAGAAAAAAAUUUGAUGAUUCUUUUAAUUAGUCCAAAAAUAUAAUCUUUUUAUCUCUAUUCUUUCUUAAAUGAAAUAAUAUUAUUGUACCCAUUCCCCAACACUUUGUUUACCCCACUUUCUCCUAUAUCAAUGGAAAUAUCUUGGACUAUUUUUUGUUAUUCCCAAAGUAGUAAGCAUAGAUAUAUAUAAAAUUAGCCAAAGUAUUAUUUGGUUAGACUGAUGAGUAUUGUACUAUACAAGUAAAAUUAUCAAUCAUUAUAAGGACCUUUUGUUCAUCCACUUCUAACAUUAAGCUAUCAGAUUACAUACAUUGUUAAUGUUGCAACAUCAGAUUUACAGACGUAAAUACUCUUUUUCUUGGAAAGAAAAUAUUCAGAAUAUAAUUUAUUUAGAGAUGUAAAUAUUCUUUUUCUUGGAAAGAAAAUAUUCAGAAUAUAAUUUAUUUGCUGUGCAAAAAUCUGUAUGUCCAAGUUCGAUCUAAAUCUUAAAAUUUUCUUUAGAAAAGAAAAUAUAUAUAUUACUUUUUAAAAAAGAUUUAAUCAUAUACAUACAUCAAGGGACUACCUUUACUGAUGCUUCAUAUAAUAUUAUAAUAUUUUUUCUAUGCAUUUCUCAAUGCCUGAAAAAGGUGCUCAACUUUUUAAAUAAAUUUGUUUGAUGUUGUUUAAUUUUUGUCAAUAUGUAAAUAUUAAACAUUAUACUAGCUGUAUAUUUUUGGUUUUAUAUCUAUAUCUUCCUAUUUGAACAAACAUUAUACCACUGUUUAUGUUUUAUGAUUAUCAUAUUUUUUAUGUCAAGGCCAUGUUUUGUGCUUUGAAGUUUUUAUUUUAACAUUCAUUUUGUCCUAUUGACAGCAUAAGUUAAUACAAAUAUAUGUGAAUAAAGAAAAAAAAAUC